AUGGUAAGGACAGAUGAAGAUGAUGCAACUACUUCCAGGGAGGUAUCGGAAGAUGAAGGCGACUAUCCCGCAGCAACGACAAAUCCUUAUAAAUCACUUUUGGAUGAUACCAGUUUCGCUCGGUGUCAUAAGACGACUAUUCCAAGAGGGAAAGCAGAGACAUUCACUCGUGCAAUGCUUAUGUUAGGACAUGGCACCCCGAUAUGGGAAAACCCAAAGGUCGGGGACAAAAUUGGUAUAUCGAUUGGUGACGUUGGAAUGCUGAGUUCGAACGGCUAUUUCGAAUAUUGCUUUAAUAUCUUCCAACCACCAACACAUCCGUUGCAGCUGAACUGCCCCAAAAAUUUGGAGCAGCUCUCUCCGUACCCAGAAGCUUCUGAUAUUGCAACCACCUCGAUGUACUUCCCCCCUGGCACAGCAUUGACUAGUAAAGGUGUUGAGAUGGAACGCCAUUCAAACUUGCCUUUGGACAUCACUUUUACAGUCAAGGCUCGAGAAGGUGCAAUCAUGGUACUCCCCAAUGGCGCAUCCCGACAGGAUCUCAUUUCUACUACUCAUAUUAGAGACUACAUUCGGAAGCACGCGCUUGAGUGGUACAGUUUCUUCAACGACCCUUCGUCUAUUCUCUGCCCAAAUGGGUCGCUUUAUGUCAUUACUGGAGUGGAUACCUCAGAUGCCUGGGGAGUAGCUUGUUGGCCACACCUACACACUGAUACUGGAAAUGUAGCCAAAAUACGCUACAAACCAACCGAAAAACGUUCAUGGCAGAAUGUAGACCAGAUGGCAUGCCGUAGUAGCGGAGGGACCGACAGCAAAAUGGCUGGCAGCACCCAUUUCAUCCGCGGAAUCAAAAUUGCUGUCAACGAAUCUGCUUGGAUUAGACAUGUACUUUGCGACACACCUCCGUCUGCAAUUCCAUUUUACCAUGUCCUCACAGUUCCCACCACAGGGCUUAGAGCACAGGUGCAAACGUACUUGGACAAAAAGCUACGCGACCCUGAGAAACGCAAGGCGAUGCCCACACAUGUGCUUUUCCACCCAUUGGACAUAAUACUACGCUAUAUUCUGGCAGAGGUUCCUACUACCGAGGUUGCUCUGGUCGAUGAAGGCCUUUGGAGCUCGGUUGCGGAUCAGAGUGACGGGACGGUUGCCAAUAUUACUCGACUCCUGAUUAAAAUUAUUGAACAACACGAAAUAGAGCUUGGAGACGGAUGGACAAGUUUGAGACCUAGAGCACCGUCAAAUGACUCAAAAGACACUCGAAAAGCCACCUGGCCCAGCAUUCUGAUGGGUGCACCUGCCCGCAUGAAAGACGCAUGGUGCGACAAAGCGAGAAGCAGGAUCAUUUCGCGCAAAGUUCGAAUGCUAUUUCCAGUUUAUAAUUGUUAUCAAGCGAGGGAGGACGGGAAAAUGGACGCCAGUUAUGUAUGCGUAAAGAGCGGACGAGUGGUCUUUCACGGAGCUUGGAUCCAAUCAUCAGGUCCUUAUCGUGUCUAUGGUACCCAGGAAGAUGAUGAUGCAUCAGGUUCCCGAAGCACACUGGAAGAUGGACAGCAUCGCAUUCCUGAUUCGACAACAAAUCCUUACAAGUCUCUCAUGAAGGACACCAGCUUUGCUCGGUGUCAUACAACAUCCAUUCCCAAAGGGAAAGGACAGUCAUUCGUUCGCGCUUUUCAUAUGUUAGGAUAUGGCACCCCGAUUUGGAAUAACCCACAAAGGGGUGAAAAGUUCGGUCUUUCAAUUGGUGAUGUUGGAGUGCUGAACUCGGAAGGUUAUUUUGAGUACUGCUUCAACAUAUUCAAGCCGGCCACGGAUCCAAUGCAGAUGACCUGUCCUCCUGAUAUGGAUCCGCUCUGUCCAUGUCCAGAAGACACUGAUAUCACAACAAUUCCAAUGUAUUUUGACCCCGGUACUACGCUUAUCAGUAAAGGCGUAGAGAUGACACGCCAUUCCACUUCACCUUUGGACAUCAGCUUCACAGUCAAAAGUCGAGAGGGUGCAAUCAUGGUCCUGCCCAAUGGGGCAUCUAGGCAGGAUCUCAUUUCUACUGGUCACAUUCGGGACUACGUUCGGAAGCAUGCACUCGCGUGGUACAGCUUCUUAAACGAUCCUUCAUGUAUUGUGUGCCCAAACGGAACUCUUUACGUGAUCACGGGCGUGGAUACGUCAGAUGCCUGGGGAGUGGCUUGCAGCUCGGAGUCGUACACUGACAAGGGAACUGUAGCACAAAUUCGUUAUAAACCAACCGAGGACCGUUCUUGGCAAGAUAUAGUACGAAUGGCAUGUCUUAGCAGCGGAGGCUCUAGCACCAGAAAGGCUGGCGGUGCUCUGUUCAUCCGUGGAAUAAAAGUCGCUGUUAAUGAAACUGCUUGGAACAACCAUGUACUUUUCAACAGGAUACCGUCUGCUAUUCCAUUUUACGAUGUCCUCAUGGCUCCAGCUACCGGAUUUAGAGCAAAGCUACAAUCAUAUAUAGCCCACAAAUUGACGGGCCCUAGAAAACAGGAGGACCCCCACACGCAAGUUCCGACCGUUGAUGCUGCUCUGAUCGAUGAAAGUGUCUGGAGCUCGGUUGCCGACCAGAGUGACGGGACAGUAGGCCCAGUUACUCGACUUUUGAUUAAGAUUAUUGAAAGCCACGAACUUGAGCUCGGAGAUGGAUAUGCUACUUUAAAACCUAGAUCGCCGUCGGAUGACACGAAGAAACCUCGUGAAGGCGCCCAUUACGACAUUUUGGCCCACAUAAAAAAGACGUUCACACAUAAAGCGAGAAGCACGGAAGUUUCGCGAAAGAUUCGCAAACUUUUCCCCGGUACACCUCUUACCUAUGAGCAGUUGCACGUAAAUUCAUUAACGUCCCCACUUAUUUGGAGAACGUUGGAGCUUGAAGGGUUGCAAUCGUAUGCGAAUGUUAUCAAAUCCGGAGAUACUGAGAAUGUGGAGGAAAAUCUGCUUCAGCCAGUCUUCCUGUAG